CGCAAGUGAAAGCGCAUUGCCUCCGUGUCGCGCAUCCGCACAAUCACUUGGUACAUUCGAAUACGGUUCAUUGAUCAAGAUGGCAUCGGCACGCGCACCAAGCUCGACGCCUGUACCAACAACAGAGGCUGCUGAUCCUCCGGCAACCGAUGGCGCACCUUCAACUGUCACCGAUGACGAAUGGAAGGGUAUGUCUACAGUCCUGAACAAUAUAUAUGCGCAUAGGGUUGAAGAUGAUUAUGACCCUACGAACCUCUUCCACCGAAAAGUCAACAAGCGCCAAUUACCAGAUUACUAUGAAGUAAUCAAAGAGCCGGUGGCUCUGAGCACUAUCAAAAUGAAAGUUGCGAAACGUGAAUAUAAAAACUUUGCCGAGUUUGUUCGCGACUUCGCUUUGGUACCACACAAUGCUCAGGUCUACAACAGACAGGAUUCACAGGCUUACGUAGAUGCGCUGGAGGUGAAGAGGGUGUUAGAAGAGGAGCUCAAGAAACUGGUGGAAGAGAAGCUUAUCACAGAGGAGACUGCGACACUACCAUACCUAGGAGAGAUCCCCGAGCAAGACCCGCUGCCACCUGAUGAAGAAGAGGAGGAAGAGGACGAGGAUGAUGAAGAGGAAGAUGAGGACGACGAAGACGACGAUGAUGAUGAGAAUAAGCGCAAAAGGAGGCGAGGUCCAAGAUCAACAGCAGCUAUCACCAAACGCGAAUCUGGUGUGAAACCGAAAGAUGAUAUGGGCAAAGACGAUCCUGAAGCGAGGAAGAAGCGAGGCCGACCCCCACGAGUUGACACGCCAAUGGAAGCAAGAAUCAAGGCCAUCAUGAAAGGCAUUAGGAAGCCGCGAAACUCGGAGAACAAGCUCAUGGUGUCUGCUUUCGAGCGAGUGCCUGACAAAUCUGUCAUGCCAGAAUACCAUGCCGAAAUCAAGACGCCUAUGGCAAUGGACGUCCUGAAAAAGAAGUUGAAGCGGAAGAAGUACAACUCGGUUGAUCAUUUUAUGGUGGACGUUGAGCUGAUGUUCGAGAACGCCAAACGGUACAACGAAGAAACAAGUGAGAUCUACAAAGAUGCUGUGUACCUUCAGAAAGAAGCUCGCAGGAUCGCAGAAGAAGAGAAGCAGAAGCCUGAUGCUGACUAUGGAAUGGACGAUGGACGCAUUCCCAUGCCCAACGGCAUUCUUCACAACGGAGAACUCUGGAAGGUUGGUGAUUGGGUCCAUAUCCAAAAUCCAAAUGACCUUACGAAGCCCGUUGUCGCCCAAAUAUACCGUACUUGGCAAGAUUCAGACGGCGCUAGAUGGGUGAAUGCUUGCUGGUACUAUCGACCCGAGCAGACGGUGCACAGAUUCGACAGGCACUUUUUGGAGAACGAGGUCGUGAAAACUGGUCAAUAUCGCGAUCAUCGCAUUGACGAAGUUGUGGAUCGAUGUUUUGUCAUGUUCAUCACGCGAUUCAACAAGGGUCGUCCACGCGAUUUCCCGGCUGACAAAGAGAUCUAUGUUUGUGAAGCGCGAUAUAAUGAGGAGAAACACAAGCUCAACAAGAUCAAAACCUGGGCAAGCUGUCUCCCAGAUGAAGUUCGUGAUAAGGACUACGUCAUGGAUCUAUUUGAGGCACCAAAGAAGCUCAAGAAGGUCCCCAGCCCAAUCGCCUAUCUAUUAAAAGACGACCAAAAGGAAACCGACGAUCUUCCAAAACCAGAGUGGGGUGCUGAAAACGCUCCACCAAAAAUCGGCGCCGUACACCGACGUCCUCGAGAUCCGAAGGACUCUCCACCGCCCGAACCCACACCUUCACCUCCGCCACAGCCCCCGCCUGCUCCGGCUAUGACUACGCCAACCCUCCCACCUCAGGUGCCCAACGGGUACGGUGCAGAGACGCAGCGAAGCUAUUCAAUUGCCCAAGCGCCAGUAGCAACACCUGUGCCAGCACCCACUCCACAACCGCAUAAUGCACAAAUCGCAUACACCCCAACUCAUUCGACGCAUUACCCUACACAUUCCGCGUCGCCCGUCCCUCAUGUGGCACAAAAUCCACCUCAGCAGCCCGCGAACUUCCAGAAUAUCAUGCCAUUCCAAACACCUCAGCCUCCCCCGCAGGUGCCCCAAUACGCAUCCUCACGCCCUGCUCCAACAUUUCAGCAGCCGUUGAUGCAACAACCUCCCAUGGGUUAUAAAGCCCCCCAGCCGGUCGAGGUGUAUGUUCUUAGCGAUCAUGCAAACAGCCAAAUACCUCCGGAAAUUCGCGAGCAGUUUCAGCGUGAUGAGCAGGGCCGAAUCCUAUUCUUUACUGCUCCACCUCUCAAUACUACAUCCGUAGUGAAGAAGGAAGGAAGCGCACUUGGCCAUUCGGCUAAGUAUCUUGCAGCCAAAGCCAAAAAGGAAGCCUUGCGUGCAGAGAAACGGAAAGCUCAGGCAGCAGGCGCUGAUGAGAGCGAGGCUGCGACGAAGAGGGCAUGCGUUGAAGCUUCAGACAAAUUCAACCGUGAACUGUCAGAGCUAAGAUUUCAGGCUAUACAUGCCCUGGAAGAUCAGCUUGCCAUUACAACAAAGCAAGAACUGGAGGCCCUAUUCCCCGGUCGUAUCAGUAAAGAAAGCAUUGUGCAGAGUAUCGAGAAUCUCAGUGCUAUCCAAAGCGAAGCAAUUGCAAGGAAUCUAGACCGCGAAGCAAAGCGCGAGAAGGAGAAGAGCACUAAGCAUAUUCCCAUCACGGGUAUGACAGUAAGGUUGGAGGAAAGGUUUUAAGGAACCAGGUUCCUUGCACAUGACAUAAUACGGGUAUUCUGAGACUCACGGGGAGCGGGCGUUUAAGGAGCGGAACUCGUAUUUUUCCUACGGUGACAUUUGUAGUUGUACUACUAGCAGAAAUGGAAAGUCCAUAAGUACCAACGACUCGGGAACUAUUCAUGCUUGAGGUUGAGAGACUGCUCUGCGUUCUUGAACGCAGCCAACAUUUCCGCUGGAUCAGUCCAAACCCUGACUGAUCCGAGCUUCUCGACUCCGUCUUCCUCCUUAACGAUGAAGCGUGCAGUAAAAUCCAUGCCAACCACGUUACCAUCCUUUAGUACAUC